UAGUAAGUAAACCAGAGGAAAUGGUCAGGGUGACAACUGAUCAUUUCCAAGGUUUAUUUAAGGAAAGGGAAAUAGAUGUAGAGCAGGGAAACGUGUUUUUAGAACACUUGUCCCGGCGGUUGCCAGAGGACAUUAGAGACGUGAUGGAGGCCCAGAUCUCACUAGAAGAGGUUGAGAGCGCUCUUAGGAGGAUGGGAAAAGGGAAGGUGCCUGGGAUGGAUGGGCUGCCGGCUGAGUUUUACCUCAAGUUUUGGGGUAUAUUUGGACCAGUGGUUCUCGAAGUCUUGAAGGCCAUCCUUGAGACGGGGGUCCCGGGGGGAUCAAUGGCUGUUGGUGUGCUGUCACUUCUUUAUAAGAAGGGGGAAGCAACUGACCUUGGCAACUGGCGGCCAUUGACCAUGCUGUGCAUAGAUUACAAGAUUCUUGCAAAGGUUUUAGCAGACCGGUUGCGCACAGCCCUUCCCUACGUCGUCCACGAGGAUCAGACGUGCGGGGUAGAGGGCCGCUCUAUAAGAUGGAACCUACAGUUGAUCAGGGAUUCCAUCGCUUGGGUUGAAGAUAGAGGGCUGCCUUUAAUGGUAGCAGCGCUAGAUCAGGCGAAAGCUUUUGAUCGCGUGAAUAGAUCUAUUCUAUUCAGGGUGUUAGGUAGAUUAGGAUUUGGGGAGAAGUUUAUAGGAUGGAUUCGUACAUUAUAUGUCGGAGCGGGGUGUCGAGUUAGUGUAAAUAGUCCCUUAGGUGACGUUUUUGACCUCUCCUCUGGGGGCUGCCAUUAGGGCAGACACAGGGGUGGAAGGCUUGUUGAUCCCUGGAAGUGGUGGGCUGCGUGUUAAGAUGACGCAGUACGCCGACGACACUUCCUUGCUGUUGUGCAAGGACUCGUGCCUGACAAGGUCCCUUGCCAUCUUUGGGGAUUUCACCCGAGCGUCGGGAGCAGUUCUGAACCAUGCAAAGUCUUCCGUCAAGUUUUUCGGAAGAUGGCGCGGUAGAACGGAUGUGCCUGGGGGUUUAUCUCUCUGCGAAGGGGCCCUGAGGAUUCUCGGGGUUCAUUUUGAGACCUCCGGCUCAGCGACGCUAAACUGGAACAUGCGUAUCGCAGUGGUACAGAGGAAGCUAGCAAUGUGGAAGGCUAGGUAUUUGUCUUUUAUGGGCAAAGUCCUGGUCCUAAAGGUGGAUGUGUUGCCGUCUCUUUUGUAUUUGGCGUACAUCUACCCAUUGCCGGCUUGUCUGAGGAGGCCUCUAGUGAGGCUUGUGUUUCAGUUUAUGUGGAGUGGCAGGUUCGAGUGGGUCGCUAGGGCACGCAUGAUCUGUCCCAUCGGGGAGGGAGGUAGGGGGGUACCACAUUUCCCCCUCAAGCUGGACUCAAUUUUUGUUUCUUUCUUGUUAGCGGAGCUUGCUCAGCCAGUGAUACACCCGUCCGGUUACCUCCUGCGGGUGUUCUUCUCGUAUCAGGCGAGAAGCGUAAUGGUGUGGUCUAACGCGGGUCCUCGGGCAGAACAGCUGCCGUGGCACUUUGGUCAUGCGGCCCGAGUAGGUUUAGACCACAGGCACCUGUACGAGGAGGUCAGGCAGGCAGAGAGUCCUGCGCCCGUAGCGGGCAUCUCGUCAGUGGUCUGGGAGGGAGUGCAGGCGCGGGGCCUGGACAACGGGCUCAAGGACCUGAAUUGGUUGAACCUUCAUAAGCGUUUGCCGGUACUUUCCAUCUUGUACCGGUAUAGUUUGGUGCAAUCCCCCACCUGUCCAAGAUCCUCUUGUGGCAGGGAGGAGACUGUGCGCCAUGCCUUCUGGGACUGUGCCUUUGCCGGACUAGUCUGGGCUAGGGCACGGGUGAUGCUAGGUGUGGUUAGGAGUGAUUUUGUUUUGACAUGGGCUAGGCUAGAGAGAGGCAAAGGGAGAGCAAAGGGAACGGAUAGGGACAGGUUUCUGUUCUGGCUUCUCAUGAGUCUCUUUAAAAAGGGAGUGUGGGAAGCCAGGAAGAAUUUAGUCAAGACAGGGAGAGAUUGGGGGGUGGAAGGGAUAGUGAGAAGGGUGGAAGGUGAUUUGAGGGGGAGGAUGAAGAGGGAGGAGAGGAAGUGGGGGAAGCAUGCGGCACGGGAGAGGUGGAAAGGGGGUUUAGGGCUGGGAGUGUUAGAGUGAGUUUGGUAAGGGGAUAGAUUAGGGAAAGGGUUAGGUAUUGGUUAGGUAUGACGGGGAGGGACGAUGCUCCCCUGAGGUUUGUUUUUGUUUGAUAUUUUUGUAAAUAGAAUUCAUUAAGAAUGAAUGAGAAUUAUGAUUUUGUAAUAGUAUGAAUGGUAUUGAUGGUAAUAAAUUAUUUUAACCACUUUUUGGUGUGCUUCCUAUCUUUAAGUUUCUUGUGGGUUUUUCUUUUGUUUGCUUCUUCUUGGGCAGAUUUAGUGGGUGUCUUUUAGGUCCCAGUUGUUGUUGCUAGUCAACUUUCAGUGGACACCUCCAUAGUGUCUUUCAGAACCCCUCCUAAGACCCAGCCAGUUUAGUUGUGGUUCUUGUCAGUGACUCUUUGUUAGUUUCCUCUUCUAUUUAAAUGACAUUUCUGGUUUUCUUGCUGGGGAACGUAACAAACAAUGGAGUACAAAAAGCUUAUAUUUUCAGUUGGAUAUUGCAUCCAAUUAACAUUUUAAUCAAUGGCAUUUCCUUAAGGUGCUCAUUAGUCUUUCAGUUGUUGAUCUUCUGUUUUAUUAAAUCUUAUGUUGUGUACUAAAUCAUUCUGUUUAUUUUCAUUUUUUUAUUUGUUUUUUUCCUGUGAAGCUAUUGUGUUGCAUCCAUGUCUGAAAUGUACUCUAUAAUUAAAUCUUGAUUUAAACAUAUUGCAAAACAAAUUAACCCAAUGACUGAAAAUCAAGACUCUUGCAAGGCAACACAUAUCUUUGUAUGAAAAACUGUAACUUCAGUUUUUCUCCCACUAUGUCAAAAUAGUGCAUGGUAUGUAAGUUUAGUAUCACUUUUCAACCAACCCAUUGGUUAAAAAGUAAUUGAAAUCAACAAUAAGUCGAAGGACUCAACUACUGAAACA